UCUGUUCAGAAAUCCAGAUAACAAGAAGUAUUUGGCCACAGUUUUGGCCAGGACACCAGGGGCAUCAGAACAGGUGAAUAAAAAAGAUGCUAAUGUUUGACCCAGUCCCUAUCAAGCAAGAAGCCAUGGAGCCUGUUUCAGUGUCAUACCCGUCCAAUUACAUGGACCACAUGAAGCCAAACAAGUACAGCGUCAUUUAUUCUACACCAAGUAUGUUGCACAAUAAAUUCUACUCAAACCCCGAAGGACUAUCAAAUGGAAUCCAGAUGGAGCCAGUAGACCUUACGGUGAACAAACGGAGCUCACCAUCUUCAACUGGAAGUUCUCCUUCCCCCCUGAAAUUUCAGACUGUGCAUAGGAGAACUUCACCUGGAUUGACUCUGUCCUCACCCAGCUCACCUCUCAGUAAAUUCACACCGUCACCCCCAGGAGUACAGCCUAUCUCCAUGCCAAUAACAAUCCCACCUGUAAUGGCCGCUGCUCUUUCACGCCACGGACUGAGAAGCCCUGGAAUACUCCCGGUUAUACAGCCUGUUGUGGUCCAGCCGGUUCCUUUUAUGUAUGCUCCCCAUCUUCAGCAGCCCAUCAUGGUGUCCACAGUUCUUGCAGAUGAGAUGGAAACUCCUAGUAGCAUGCAAGUGCCUGUCAUUGAGUCUUAUGAGAAGCCUACACUGAAGAAAACAAUCAAAGUAGAGCCAGGAAGUGAACCAUCGAAGACUGACUUCUAUCCUGAACAAAUGUCACCUCCAGUGAUGACCUCAUUGUCUCCCCAGCAAGUAAUGUUGCAAGAGAAUCACCCUUCAGUUAUAGUUCAGCCAGGAAAGAGACCUUUACCUGUGGAAUCUCCGGACACGCAAAGAAAACGCAGAAUACAUCGAUGUGAUUAUGAAGGCUGCAACAAAGUCUACACUAAAAGCUCCCAUCUGAAAGCUCACAGAAGAACCCAUACAGGUGAAAAACCAUACAAAUGCACUUGGGAGGGAUGCACAUGGAAGUUUGCUCGUUCUGAUGAACUAACGCGGCAUUUCCGCAAGCAUACAGGAAUCAAACCUUUUCAGUGCCCAGACUGUGACCGUAGCUUUUCACGUUCAGACCAUCUUGCUCUUCACAGAAAACGCCACAUGCUAGUCUGAAUGUCUUCUGUCCCCGACCUCUGUCACACUUUUUUUUUUUUUCACACAUGCAUUUUAAUUUGGAUUCAGCUGGUCUGAAUCUCUGAGUUUAUACCAUUAAAAGCUUACGUAUGGUCAGUAACAGAUGUUAUCUAACCCUUCUAUGUCCUUGCCACGGGUCAGACCUAAAGAAUGUGAACGCUUUUUUUUUUUUUUCUCCGGGGGAUGCUAAGCAAACCCUUUCUACAGACAGUAUGUUUAAUGUAUUCCAUUGUGAAUAAGGGAAUUUGUAAACUAAAAGCUCUUGUUGGUUUCCUCAUAUAAGCAACCCAGCAUAUACUGAUAAAGUAGUAAAUGUUCCUGAAUAUCCAAAA